GAAGGGCGAAAUCCAGUGCUGUUGUGCUGGAUUGAUCCCCGCGACGAGGGUAGGGAUUUUUGAUCGAUCGAGGGCGCGGCGCCAUGACUGUGUCGAUGCAAGGGCAAGAGGCCGGGAGUAUCCAGAGAAUGCCGAUUGUGGAAUCCGGCAAGAUCUGGGAGGAGAUGCUGGCUCGCGAAUUCUCGCACCACAGGCAAGGAAUCGCGAGAAUCAACAAUGGGAGCUUUGGGAGCUGUCCUCGAUCGGUCCUGGAGGCGCAGCAGCGGUGGCACAGGCAGUGGCUGGAGCAGCCGGACGAGUUCUACUUCGGCCCCCUGGAGAAGGGAUUGCGCGCGUCGCGGGAGGCGAUCGCGUCCAUCAUCCGCGCCCCCGACGUGGAGGAGAUCGUCCUGGUGGACAACGUGACCACGGCGGCGGCGAUGAUCGCCCAGGACAUGGCGUGGGGAUUCCUGGAGAAGAGAUUCCACCCCGGCGACGCCAUCCUCAUGCUCAACUGCAGCUAUGCCGCCGUGAAGAAGUGCUUCGAGGCCUACGCUGUUCGCGCAGGCGCGAGGAUCAUCGAGGUGGAGCUCGCGCUUCCAAUUCUCUCCGCCCGGCAGAUCAUCGACAGCUUCCAGCGAUCGCUGGAGCAGGCCGCCAAGAGCUCCACCACCAUCCGGCUGGCGGUGAUCGACCACAUCACCUCGAUGCCAUCGGUGGUUCUCCCGGCGCGAGAUCUCGUCGCCCUUUGCCGCGACGCUGGAGUGGAGCAGAUCUUCGUGGAUGGCGCUCACGCGAUCGGCAACAUCGAGCUGAGCAUGGAGGAGAUCGACGCCGACUACUACUCGAGCAAUCUCCACAAGUGGCUCUUCGCUCCACACAGCGUCGCGUUCCUCCACGCCAAGGCCAAGCAUCUGGAGCGCCUCCACCACCCGGUGGUGUCUCACAACUUCAAGCUGGGGCUCUUCAGCGAGUGUUCUUGGGUGGGGACGAGAGACUACAGCUCCCAGCUCGCCGUGACCGCCGCGGUGGAGUUCAUCGAUGGGAAUCUAGGUGGCCUCUCCAGUCUCAUCGCUUUCAAUCACCGGGGGGCGAUGGCGAUGGCGGAGAUGCUCGCGGCGGCGUGGGGGACGCAGUGUGGGACGUGUGCCGAGCUUGCUUCGUCCAUGGCGAUGGUGGAGCUCCCGGCGAAGCUGGAAGUGGCGAGCGAGGAGGCGGCGCUGGAGAUGAGGACGAGGCUGCGCAGGGAGUUUGGAGUGGAGGUCCCGAUUUGCUUCCAGGCGGGGGGAUCGCCCAGCGCGAAUUCGAAGAGCAUGAGAUCCGGGACGGCGUACGCGAGAGUUUCUCACCAGAUUUACAACAAGCUCGAGGACUACACGAGGCUGCGAGACGCUGUGAAAUCCUUGGCUCGCUAGAUUGCGAAGAAUGUUUUGGAUCAUACGUGGAUAAAUAAUAAACCUUUGCUUAGAA